CGUCCGGUCUAGAGAGAGUUCAGGUUUUCCUUGACCAAAGUUGGAACUUCCCCUCGGGCCGGAGGCCACCGGAGACCGAUGGCGUCACGCAGGAAGAGAGCUAUAAAAGGGGGACCCCGGCGGCCGCGGGCAGGAAAAUAAACCCUCUCCAGGCUGGUGGGUGGCUUGGCUGUUCUGGCCAGGGCGCCUCCGCAGCGCUGACAGGGACCUUUCAGCCUAGUAAGACAGCCGUGAAUUCAGCGGCCGCUGCACAGCUGUAGGGAGAGAGGGCGGGAAAAAGACUGACUGUAGAUAACGAUCAGGAAAUUGGUGGAAAAUGCCACAGAACGUUGUCCUCCCAGGACCUGCGCCUUGGGGAUUCAGGCUGGCAGGCGGAAUAGAUUUUAACCAGCCAUUAAUCAUAUCCAGGAUUACUCCAGGGAGCAAAGCUUCGCAAGCCAAUUUGUGUCCUGGUGAUGUCAUUAUUGCUAUUGAUGGCUAUGGCACAGAAAACAUGACUCACAACGAUGCACAGGAGAGAAUUAAAGCAGCAUCGCACCAGCUCUGUCUGAAGAUUGAAAGGGCAGAAACUAAAUUGUGGUCUCCACAAGUAACUGAAGAUGGCAAGCCCCAUCCGUACAAAGUAAACUUGGAAGCUGAACCCCAGGACUUGGGCUACUUUGAACACAAGCAUAAUAUUCGUCCCAAACCUUUCAUAGUCUCAGGCCAGAGCAGUGUUUGCAGUACUCCUUCUGGUAUUGACGGCGGCAGUGGACGUAGCACACCCUCUUCAGUUAGCACUGUUAGCACUAUCUGCCCUACUGAGUUGAAAGCAGCAGCUAAGAUGGCCCCCAACAUUCCCUUAGAAAUGGAACUUCCCGGUGUCAAGAUUGUACAUGCUCAGUUUAACACACCUAUGCAGUUAUAUUCAGAUGACAAUAUUAUGGAAACGCUGCAGGGUCAGGUUUCUACAGCACUGGGGGAGAUACCCCCAAUAAGCGACCCAGUACCAGCUUCAGCACCCAAGUCUGACGUUUAUAGGAUGCUACAUGAUAAUCAGGAAGGAUCGAGUCAACCACGUCAGUCUGGUUCCUUUAAGAUUCUCCAGGAUAUGGUCUCUGAAGAAUCUGAUGGACGGCCAACUGGUACAAGGAGCGUGAAAGCACCAAUGACAAAGCCAUCUGCUGGUGCAGGAAGUGUGCCAAAGGUUCCCUUGUGUGACAAGUGUGGAAAUGGAAUUGUCGGCACGGUUGUAAAGGCACGUGAUAAACACCGGCACCCGGAAUGUUUUGUGUGCUCGGACUGCAACCUCAACUUGAAGCAGAAAGGUUACUUCUUCGUGGAGGGGCAAUUAUACUGUGAAGCUCAUGCCCGAGCCCGCAUGAGGCCACCAGAGGGAUAUGAAGCGGUCACUGUUUAUCCCAGGGCUUAACCGUUUGGAGACAAACAUACCUGCAUGCACGCAAGCCAUUAUCAGUUUACAGCAGCAGUACAGUCCCUGAAUCCAACAUAGUGCUUUUGAGGGAGGGAUAGGAUGGAGCAGAAGGAUAAUAUUUCUAGUAUCCUGUAUCUCUGUCUACGGAUUAUUAUCACGAUCGCCAAUGUAAUCUGAUGGCGUAUAAAGUUAAUAUAAGUUGCUGUAUUAGAUUAAGUGCCUUUGAAUUUAUUUUGGUUACAGCUACCUAUAGUGAGAGACCUAUAUUUCUGUCCAGAUCCUCAGAUUCAUUUUUUUACAAGUAAUACUAGAAAGAAAUCCAGUCCAGAGUACUCCGACCUCUGAAAACAAAUCCUUUGGGUUUAAAAAAAGAUAUUCUUAUUCUAUAGAGUUCACUGCACUAUGAACACACAGUGAGCAGUUUUUAUAUCAUCUGUCAGUGUUCCUUCUUCUCACUGUUCUCUCUUCCUUCUGGAAAACAAAGCAUCCUGCUUGGGGGGGGCAUACCUGAGAGGGACCUGGCAACAUGACCUUUCCUGGCUGGAGAAAGAGGAGUAACUAGGCAAUGAGUGAGUGGAGUGGAGCUGGACAUGAUUCACUUAUGUGGAUGAGACGGAGCUAUUUGUCUUAUUAAUAUCAAAUGCAGUGAAGUGCUCUGAAGACAGUGUGUGUGUCUUAGACGUCUAUGCAUUAUUUCUUAAAUCCCAUUUAUCAUUUAUAUACAAAGCCCACAAUAUUAUGCACACCAUGAGAUAGGAUUUCAUUUUUAGUACCUUACCUCUCAACUUGUAUAUGUUAAACAUAGAACUUACGAAGCCAAUGUAGCAAGUACUUGGGUCAUUUUCAUUAGAAGAAAGGAUUGUGACCCCCAAAAUGAAAUAUUUUGCUUUGUUACUGUAAGUUUAUUUUUGCUGCCUGUCUUUAUCGUUAUGCUGAGGAGAAGAAAUAAAUACAUGAAAAUGGCAAGA